AUGAUGUACAUAGGCAGCAGGAGCAGCUGUGGCAUUCUUGCGUGCACCUUUCUACUGUUCUUUGCCAUCUCGAUAACACGCAGUGCCGAUGAGCCAACGACCACCAUCAAGUACAACGUUGUCCAAGGCUGGGCGGCCAAACUCGGCGGUGAGCUGUGGCAUUUGGGGGACUUUAUAACUAGAAGAAAGGAGGUAGAGGAGAGUUUUAAACAAGCACAAGUAGUUAGCAAAAAUGGACAGAAAAUUGUGGAAGAGAUGGCCAAAGAUCUCAAGUACAUGAUGGAUGCGAAAGUGAGCGCCGUGAAGCGCAUCAUGGACACGGCGGAAAACACGGCCAUCUCGUUCGACGAGGAGCCGGUGAACCAAAGCUUCCAGUACUACAACGCGAAGCAGAUGAUCGAACCGGGCGAGAUCAUCACCACGCCGAUCCCGAUGCUCGACGACGACCCGGCGGACAUCACCACGCCGAUCCCGCCGAAGGAGAUCGUGCUGACGAAGAAGCGCCACUUCUUCAACGAGGCCGUCAACACGACGGUCAGCUCGGUGCACGUGCCGACGAACGUGUACGACCGGGCGACCGAGGUGAUCCGCGCGAUCAAGUGGUCCGAGGCGCUCGACUCGAUCUUCUACAACAACUACAUCGGCGAUCCGACGCUCACGUGGCAGUACUUCGGCAGCGCCAGCGGCUUCCUGCGCCAGUUCCCGGCGACCAAGUGGGAGCAGGAUCCGGUCGACCUGUACGACUGCCGGCUGCGGUCGUGGUACAUCGAGGCGGCCAACAGCCCGAAGGACAUGCUGAUCCUCGUCGACAGCUCCGGCUCGAUGACCGGCCAGCGCAAGGACAUCGCCAAACACGUCGUCUCGAACAUCCUCGACACGCUCGGCCCGAACGACUACGUCAACAUUUUCACCUUCUCGGAAGAGGUGGCGGAAGUGGUGCCGUGCUUUCGCGAUACGCUCGUGCAGGCGAACAUGGGCAACAUUCGCGAGCUGAAGCUUGGUAUGGACAGCAUAGAGACCAAUGAGAUCGCUAACGUGUCCGCCGCCCUCACCAGGGCGUUCGAGCUGCUCGAGCAGUUCCGGGAGACCCGCAACGGUGCCCGGUGCAACCAAGCGAUCAUGUUGGUCUCGGAUGGUGUUCCAUACAGCUUCGACGAGGUGUUCGAGCAGUUCAACUGGAAGGAGCUGCCCUUCAUUCCGGUGCGCGUGUUCACCUAUCUGAUCGGGCGCGAGGUCGCCGACGUCAAGGAGAUCAAGGAGAUGGCCUGCCGCAACCAGGGCUACUACGUGCACCUGAGCACGAUGGCCGAGGUGCGCGAGGAGGUCCUCAACUACAUCCCGGUCAUUGCCCGCCCGCUCGUGCUGAACAAGCGCGAACAUCCGGUCGUCUGGUCGGAGAUCUACGCCGAUGUCGAGGAUCCGAAGAUGACGGACUGGCUGUGGGAGAUCAAGGAACGGGCCGAGCAGAAGGAGCGCUUCAUCGACUAUCGCAAGAACCGAGUGCUAUUCUAUUCACCCGAGGAGCAACACCGUCGCAUGAUCAUGAAGCAAAGGAUGAAUCAAGACCCAUACUCGAACACGCAAAAGUACAACUUCAUGACGACCGUGUCGGUGCCGGUGUUCGAUCGGCGCGAGAACGCGAACAUCACCGAAGAUAUACUGAUGAAUGAGGCUUACUGGGUGACGAUCACACGAGAGACACGAGUGGCCAACAUUCUUGGUGUUGCUGGCGCCGAUGUGCCAAUAUCGGAAAUUAAAAAAUACCUUAAACCACACCUGCUUGGUGUGAAUGGAUAUGCUUUCAUUGUAACGAACAAUGGCUAUAUCCUAACGCAUCCUGACUUCCGUCCAGUGUUCCAAGAUAUUCUCAAGCCUGCCUACAACACGGUCGACAUGAUCGAGGUCGAGUUGACCGAUGACGACCAAGGGCCACGAGAGUUUAACAAUAUGCUGCUAAAUAUGCGCGAAUCUAUUAUAAAUCAGUCGACUGGGGCCAAGUGGAUACGUGUGAAGUACCACUUCGAUGAGAUGAAACGGGUGUCUCGCACGAAGCGACAGUACUACUGGACUCCAAUCAAAAACACACCUUUCACGCUGGUGGUCACGUAUCCCGAAACGUAUGGCGUCAAUCGGCUUCAGAUUCGCACGGAGGACGAGAUCCACCGCAUUCACGCCAAGGGCAACAACGUGGCCAAUUUUUUCAGCGGCAACAACUGGAAGAUCCAUCCGGAUUGGGUGUAUUGUAAAUAUUUAAACGAGCAUCCGAACGAAACGUUUGCCACACCGGAGCUGGAACUUAAACACUUCCUCGAGCGCAUGAAACUCGGAGGUUGGAAGUGGCCAUCGAACCGCACGCCUCCGCCACCCGAACAUGCCAUGUUCUCUAAUAUAACGGGGAAAUUGCCAGAAAAGGACUACUACUACUGCGAUCGCGGUUUGAUGCAGGCGCUCGUGUAUGACGCCAAGGUAACGGAAUGGUUUUCGAAAAAUGUUAGCGGCAGCAACAAGGACGAAAAGGGCCCAAGCCCCAUUGCGGUGCUGAUGGGUCUGCUGCCAAGAAACGAGUUCAAACAACGGUUCGGCAUCACCGUAUCCUUUCUGGCCACGCACAGUGGGUUAACGCGAUGGCAGGAGUACGCGAGCGGAGCGGACGAAUCGAAACAGGCUGAGCCCGACUUUAGCGAAACGAACAACCGUGCGAUCGACGAGGUGUGGUACAAGCGGGCGGUGGAGCUCUACUAUAACAACAAGAACCGGAAGGGCGCCGACGAUAGCAACGGCAAGGACGACAGCGACCGGGACAGCUUUGUCUACUCGGUGCCGUUCGACGCGGGCAACCGGAACGAUACGCUGGUCACGGCGAGUCACGCCAUCUUCCACACGGACGGGGCGCGCGAGACGCCGGUGGCGGUGGUCGGCUUCCAGUUCCACCACUCGGCCCUGUACACGCUGUUCCGCAACAUCACCAGCCAGUGUGGCCACGGCGAUCCGCGGUGCGAGAAGACCUGCUUCACCGGCGACUACCAGUGCUAUGUGAUCGAUAACAACGGCUUCGUGGUGAUCAGCGAGCAGCUUCAGGAGACGGGCGCGUUCUUCGGCGAGGUGAAGCCAGCCUUCAUGCAGCGCCUGCUGGACGACGCCAUCUUCCGCAACGUGACCGUGUACGACUAUCAGGCCGUCUGCUUCAUGGCGAAGGCCUCGUUCAACCUGGGCAACGCGCUGCAGACGCCGCUCCGGCUGCUAUGGGCGAUCAUCACCAACGCCCUGUCCUACCUGCUCUGGGUGGCGAUGCAGCUGUUCUUCAGCCUGGCCCAUGCCUACGACGAGAUGUACGACACCGGAGCGUACGAUAAUGUGCCCGACAUGGGCGACCUCGACGAUCCGACGAUGAACCGCUACAAGGAGCCCGAGUUCGGCAAGGUGCUCAUCAACCGGACCCGGCCGGAGCCUUGUGACCACGUGAUCACCCUGUACGAGCUCAACAUGGACGUCGAUCCGUCCGUUUACACGAAGGAAGCGCACCAGUGCGAACGACCGUACGUGGUGCUGCCAAUACCGUCCAGCAACCUGCUGCUGCUGGUGCUGGACACGCUCUGUCCGUUACCCACGCACGUGCCACAGCUAUCCACGUGGCCGGUGGAGCACGACUACAACGCCUCGCUCGCCUGCCACAAGGCCCAGCGCGAUCCGCUACCGAGGCGAAGGCCACUGACCUGCAUCAACAAGCAUGCAAAUGAAAGUGUGAUCGAGCUCUGCGGAGACGGAAGCAUACCCAGGUACAAUGUUGCUUUACUGCUUAGCCUGCUAGUGUUCGGACAGUGCGUAGUGCAACGUUUCUCCGGUAUCCUUCUCACUUGCCUCUGA